UUCAUUUAAAAAUGCUUUUGUCUUUAUUCACACUUGGGACUAAUGUUAUUUUUAAAGUUUGUGAAAUAAAUUACUUUUAAAAAUUUAUUAGGAUUGAGUUGAACCGGAAACUGUGGUAACCGAUAGUGAAGGCAUGUUAUCCAUUUGUGUCAGUCGGUCAGAAAUAAUAUAGCUUCAAAUAUGGCUAGAAUAACCGAAGUCACGUGUUAUCUGUGAAUGACGUCAUAUCAGUCGUCACCGGGCACCGGCAACGUCAUGGACAUGCUCGGUGAUGCCGGAAGCGAUGCUCGGUUUCUCGGUGGCGACCUGAACGGAAGUGGCAGCUCCUCCAGAACCAUGACCCCGCAAGACACGCCCGUGGAGUCCUCUACACCAAUCAAGAGGAACAUGCAGCUACGAGGAAGCGCAAAACUUAUGAGGUCGGCCUCCCGCGGGUCUAGCGUAGCUGGGCUGCAGUCUCUCCUAACGGGCCCCGUGCUCAUCACGCAACCGCCACCGGAAGAGGAAGAGGAGGAGGAAGAAGACGAUGACUUUAUUGCAUUCUCGAGCGGCCGCAUGUCCCGCGACACGGACUACGAAACCGACCUUGAAAUGGACUAUGAAGAGUGGAUAGCCGAUGACAUGAAUAUGGUCGACGACGAGGCGAGCCAGCAGCGGAAGUACAUAUACCAGUGUAACGAGACGGGUGUCAUCCCCGCCUCCUACUUUCUGCGUCACAUCAACAACACCACAUUCCGUAUGCGCUACCACGGUCUCGGGCCCCUCGGCGCUAAGGCCAUCGCCAUCCCACUUAAGGAUAACCACGAUAUCGAACACCUGGACCUGGAGGGGAACUGGAUACAGCGGGAGGGGGCCACAUACAUGGCAACCAUGCUCCGGGAGAACAUGUUCAUCACUGAUAUUAACCUAUCUGAGAACCAGCUGGGGCGGGACGGGGCGGACGUCCUUUGUGAGGCUCUACACAAAAACGAGCUGCUCCGAACACUCGACCUCUCAGGAAACAGCUUGCUUGACUCAGGAGCGGCCUCAAUCUGCGAGUUGCUGAAGAAAAACACGUUCCUAAAGCACCUGUACCUCGCGAACAACAAGUUUGAGGACCAGGCGGCCCAUCACUUCCGGGAGGCGCUCUCACAUAACGAGACGCUCGAAACGCUCGACCUUGGUUGGAACCAUUUUCGCACAAACGGAGCCGUUGCAAUCGCCGAGGGAGUCCAGGAAAAUUACGGAUUACGGUCUCUGUUCGUGCCUAUGAACGGGUUCAGUGAGCCUGGGGCGGAGGCUCUGGGUCGGGCGCUGAAGCAUAACCGCACCCUGACAGAGCUGGACGUGAGUCACAACCGCAUCCAGGAGACAGGCGCCGGCCACAUCGCACUCGGCCUCCAGACCAAUGAUGUUCUCAAGAAACUCAAGCUUGGUUACAAUCCUAUCAGCGAGGACGGUGCCCUGGCGCUGCUCACCGCCAUAUCCAAGAACGACCAGAGUUGCAUCAACCAUAUAGACUUAUCCGAGGUGUUCGUGUCGGCGGACUUCAAGACUCUCCAGACACGGAUGGAGACUGCGAGGAUGAUGGUCAUAAUACACGCAGGUGUGGUUAGCUGCCGGGGCUCGGACAGUGACUACAUCCUGGAGACGUUUCGCCGGAACCCGUACGAGAAGCUGAAAAAGUAUGUGAAGUCGGCUGGAUACCGCCUCGUCGACCUCUUCCGGGAUUUAGACAAGGACGGCAGCUGCACCAUCAGCUAUGACGAGCUGGAAGGCGGGCUCAAGAUGGCGAAUGUAAAGAUUACCCAGAGUGAGAUAGCCUUCCUUAUGCAGACGCUUGAUCUUGAUGGAGACGGCAUGAUCGACUUCAGUGAGUGGCUAGCAGGAGAUAAGGAAUAUCGGCGGCAGCUACGGGAGGAGACUAAUUGUCCAGAUGACCGGAAGCUUAUGAGGGAUCCCAACCGCUUCCGGAAACGCGAGAGCAAGCUUCUUGAUGAUAUCAUUAAAGGAUAAUUCCCGUCCGCGAGACGUAACGGUCAAGCUUGCAGGACGUCACUUUCUGGUCAAAGUCGCGAUAAGAAGAGUGGAUUACGCGGUGCCAAAGUGCUAUGUUGUUGUGCAUGUUUAUGUUGGCGCCUAGUUUCUGAAUUGUUCUUUGUUGGAAGCUGAGGAAGCCUUUAUUUUGUAUAUAUUUGUUGAGGAAGAAAUUGCACACCCAUUGUAAAUGCAUGUACACCACAUCGGAUUCUUACGAGAUGAUUCGCUCACUAUAAAGCAUAUACUGACUGUUACAUUUAAAAAAAUGCAAUUAAAUUUUAUUGUGUUUUUGUUUCUUGUCCAUCAUCCAGAACUAUGAAUCAUUUAUGUAUCGUUUUUUUUAAAUAAAAAACAGAAACACG